CUAGACUGUCAUUGGUUGUUUGAUUAUUCUGCUUCGCUCUGUUUAUUGAUUAGUCUUAUAUAAUUGGCUUCUGGUGGACCUUUUUAUCUUUCUCAUGACAAUCCGACAACACAUAUAUACUACUCGGACGCGUCUCUAGUUCCAGCGACAUCACAUUUGGCGGGGAUCGAAUAUUGGUGACGCGUCAUGAAACUCGGCGAGAGAAUACUCGGACUAAUCUGCGAGGUGGUGACCAUAGCCUCUAGCACACAAUCGUGCAAUCUCUUAUCUGGCCGUUCUCAUUGCAGGGGGAAGGGUGGGAACAUCGGGGUUAGAUUGAGGCCCAACUCAAAAAUUUCAGGCCCUAUUACCGCGGCGGCCUUGCAGGGAGGCUAUAUCAAGACUGCACGAAGAAUACGGAGGCAAAGAGGCCCUCUUCCUUCGCUCCACCAACCGAAAUUUGCUCUCACACCAUACUUACUUUCAAAUUCCACAGCAAACAGACCGAAUGCGCGCGCGGGUAGUAUUCUUUCUCCGUGGUACCAUGCACCUUGGUGGCGUCAAUGAGCGGUAAUGUAAAUCGGUGUGUGGCGGCCGCUCGAAAGCGCGUCUUGACUCGGCUCCUUCUGCUGCAACCGUGUUGAAGAGGGGGCUUCUGAGACUCGCCGCGGUAUUUCCUACACAUGCAGCCACUGUCUUCAUAUCCAUUUUGAAGGGCC